GUCUUCACCUAAAUAAAACACAGCGCCACGUUGACAACUUCUGGGCCCACGGAGCUCACCUAUGCGCCCAGGUGCCACAGGUGUUCGUUUCCUCGAGCAUUAAAGUGCGGACGUAGCUGCUCCCGUCGAGUUUGGUGUAGUAUUUUAGACCUUUCUGUGUUCCUCAAAUGACGGCGCAGGUAGACUACCUGGUGGUGCUGUGCGUCGCCACAUCUGGCGCCAGUGGAGAGCUGCUGGGCUCCGACGAGAAGGAACUGGUGCGCUUGGUGUGGCAGCAGGUGGAUGUAAAUAACAAAAAGUUGGGCAAGGUGAAUGAGCUGGUGAUUAAGCCUGAAGCGUCAGACUCGACUGAGCCAAAAGAACCCGAGGAUGGGGUGACGGAAAUCGCAGAGGAAGAAGUAGAAGAAAAUGACUCCGGAGCGGAUUGCCUCUCUAACGCAAAGAGCCUGGAAACUGCCCUAAACAUGUUCCAUCUCCAGCUGACAAACGAAGUGAACAGCGCAGGUGCAGGCACGUCAGUGUGUUUAUGUACAGACGGGCAGCUUCACAUCCGUCAAGUCAUUCACCCCGAGGCCGCAAGCAAGAACGUCCUGAUCCCAGAAUGCUUUUACUCCUUCUUCGACCUUCGGAAAGCAUUCAAGACGCACUUUCCCUCAUCCAACCUGAAGGCUUUGGAUGUAUACACCAUGGCAGAGUCCUUAAGUAUACCAGUGGAAGUACCUCCAACGGCUACAAUGGAGCCAUCAGCCACAUUGCCUCCAGAAAUAGGAGUGCAACAGGUCCAGAUUAUGGGCAACAUCGUACUUACUCUGCUUUCUGAGCCAUUAUGUCAUACAUUCUCUAACCCGGAAAGAGUUCAUGAGAAGUUUGAGACAGGUACUUGCAGUAAGAUGGAGAAAGUAAACGACAACACAGUCAUCAGAGCCAGAGGGUUGCCGUGGCAGUCAUCAGACCAAGACAUCGCCCGCUUCUUCAGCGGACUAAAUAUUGCCAAAGGAGGAGCGGCAUUGUGUCUUAACGCUCAGGGGAGGAGAAAUGGCGAGGCUCUUGUUCGUUUCAUCAGCGAAGAACAUCGAGACCUGGCACUGCAAAGACACAAGCAUCAUAUGGGCAACAGAUACAUAGAGGUUUACAAGGCAACAGGAGAGGACUUCCUGAAGAUAGCCGGAGGUACGUCCAACGAAGUAGCCAUGUUCCUGUCCCGGGAGGACCAGAUCAUAGUGAGGAUGCGAGGGCUUCCUUUUACGGCCACGCACGAGCAGGUGCUCGCCUUCUUUUCGCCGCCAGACGCACUCAAAGACACGUGUCCUGUCAGCGGAGGGAAGGAAGGCAUCCUAUUUGUACGCUACCCAGACGGUCGUCCCACAGGUGACGCCUUUGUCUUGUUCGCCUGUGAGGAACAUGCACUGUGUGGACUCAGGAAACACAAGGAGAUCCUUGGGAGAAGAUAUAUUGAGCUGUUUAAGAGUACAGCAGCAGAGGUCCAACAGGUGUUGAACCGGUACUUGUCUGCCCCCCUAAUCCCCGUAGCCCCUGCCCCCUUGCUAUCAGUGUUGCCCCCCGUGUCUCUCCUGCCCCCUCCUGUCAGCGUGAGGGACUGCCUGAGGCUGCGAGGGUUGCCCUACACGGCGAGCAUCGAGGACAUCCUCACUUUCCUGGGCGAGUUCACCCAGGACAUCAGGCCGCAAGGCGUGCACAUGGUCCUUAAUCAGCAGGGGCGUCCAUCAGGUGACUGCUUCAUCCAGAUGAUAUCCCCAGAAAGAGCACUUUUGGCCUCUCAUCAUCUCCACAAGCACGUCAUGUCCUGCCAACGCGGGCCCAACAGCCGCUAUGUGGAGGUGUUUCCCUGCAGCGUCGAGGAGAUGGGCCUAGUGCUGAUGGGAGGCUCGCUCUCACACACGCACACACACACACACACCAGGAACAGGAGUGGGACAGGGCUCAGCCCGCCGCCAUGUAAGUCCAGACGUCUAUCUCCACCGUCCUACUCCUUCACCCCCACGCCACCUGUGCUGCCUACUGAAGCUGCUGCAGCCCUCUACCCUCCCCUUGGUCAGGUGUUGCUCGCCCCUCGCCCCCUACACCCAGGGCAUGCCUACUACCCCUCGUCAGCGCAGCUUUACAUGAACUACACCGCCUAUUAUCCAAGCCCACCUGGCUCUCCCACAACUGUAGGUUUCUUCCCCUCCCCCUCUGCCCUCCCAGCCCCUGGGGGGUUGGUGCGCAUGCCGGGUCUGACCUACAGCAGCAAGGACCUCAUUAACGCAAUGCAGGGAUAUCAGACUGCUGUGGAGCCGGUCUCCCUCCUGAGUAGCAGCCUGAUUGGCCAAUCGGGCGGAGGCGACCCACCUGUGGUGUCCCUCCCCGCCCUGGUGAGCAAACCUGCAGGACAGUACCUGGACCUGAGUCUGCUCUAAAGACUCACACCUGGUCCAAAUAUUGUGUAUCGUUAGCCUUUUCAAAGUAGUCCUAUUUAUGUUCGCAAAAACAGACACUACUAUAUUUUGUACCAAUUAUUUGUCUUUUAUUGCACAAAAAGCUUUAUAGAUGUUUUUCAUGUUACAUUAAUAUUAUAAUAAUCACUAUUAUAUAUUUGAUAGCCAAAGUAGUCACGAAUGUUCUUGUAGUAAACACUGUUCAAGCUUCUCCGUGAAGAGAGAAAGUGUGUGUGCGUGCCUGUUUUUGUGUGUGUGUGUGUGUGUGUGUGUGUGUGUGUGUGUGUGUGUGUGCGUGCGUGUGUGCGUGCGUGCGUGCGUGCGUGCGUGCGUGCGUGCGUGCGUGCGUGCGUGCGUGCGUGCGUGCGUGCGUGCGUGCGUGCGUGCGUGCGUGCGUGCGUCGACAUAGGACUUAUUAGACUUUUAGGGCCACACUGAAAAGAAGAAAAUAAAAUUCAUUGACCUGGGGAACAAAGUUGUAAUAUUAUGAAGAAAAGUUGUCAUUUCAACAAGCAGAUUUCAUGUUUAUUCAAGUAAUUUAAUAUUUUGUAUUUAUUUUUGUCAAAUCCUAUCCAACAGUAUGUUGUUUGUCUGGUAAAAUAUGUUUACAUACAAUGUUACCUAAUUACCACAAAGGUGUACUUUUUUCUUAACAUAAACAACAAAAAAUAUUCUCUUAUAAUGACCCUUUUGUCCUGGUAUCACGAACAGUAAUUAUUACCACUUUGUCGUGAAAUUACAGCUUUGUUUAUUCUUUUAAAACACAUUUUUUUCAUAAUUUUCCAGUAUUAUUUUUGUAAAAUUUCAAUGUUAUUUUCUUGAACAUACAAAUUGUCCCCUUCUUAAUAUAACCAUUUUGUCAAAUGUUUUAAUGAAAAUACCACAUCACACAAAAUAUUGUUUUCUCAUAGUACAAUAUUUUUCUGGUGAAACAGCUUUUUUCCAUUAACAAAAAUGUUAUCCACCUAAGAUAAAAAAAAAUUAUAACUAUUUCCCUUUAAUAUGACAACUCUAUUCUCUUGAAAUGACAUAUUUUAAUAUAUUAACUUUAAUAUAACAAUGUUCUUCUCUUAAAAUGACGACCUCCCACCUUUUAUUAUUACCAUUUCAUCCAUUUAAAAUAUCACAUCUUAACUUAUGUUAAAAAAAAAAAAAAAAAAAAAUUCUCACAGUAUACAUUUUUUGGGUGAAACGUUUUUCUCAUAUUUUACAAUAUUAUUGAGAGACAUUAAUUUCAACUUUUUUCUCUUGAAAUACAUUUUUUUUGGUAAUAUGACCAUUCUUGUAAAAUCAGAAAAUGUUCCUAAAAUAUUUCACGAUAAUUCUCAUCCUGGUAAGAUUAUAACUUAAUUUCUUUAGAGUUACAACUUUAUGUACAUAAGAAAAUAACUACUUUCUUAUGGAAUAUUACAAUUUUGUCUAGGUCGAUGAAACUUUUCCUUAUAAUAACAUACACUAAUAAAGUAUAUAGUUCUGCAUGUGUGUGUGCGUGAGCGUGUGUGUGUGUGUGUGAGUGUGUGUGUGUGUAUAUUCAUAUAUAUAUAUACAGUAUAUAUACGUAUAUAUAUACAUACACAUACACACACACAUAUGUUUUUAAUACAUGUUUUUUAUUGUCACAAAUACCACAAAAUGAAAAGUUGUUUCUCCUAAUAGUACUUACUUCUUACAAAAUAUAUACAUAUUGAGUAAUGUCACAACUUUAUUAGCGUGCAUUAAACAAAAUAUUUGCUUUGUUCUCAUAAUAUUUCAACAUAACGUAUCUUUUGAGUGUGGCCCUUAAGUAGCAAGGUGUUGUGGAGCACAUUUCAUGUGUUUUCUUCCACAUCCACCUAUUAUAUUGGAAGCUUUAGCGCAUGAAGAAGUAUGUAUAUUACAAAUGUUUACAUAAUGCCAAAUACCAAUGCACUGCUAUCAAUACAUCUCAAUAUACCAUAUACAUAUAUACUGUAUAUAAAUAACUAUAUGCUAGUUUAUGUUACACUGAAUUGUUCAACAAAGUUUGUUUUUUUCCUUUCAAUUGAAAGUGAUGCCGCAAUAGGCUAAGAAACAAAGUGAACCCUUUUGUAAUAAUCAGUAUCAUGACUACAAGCCAAAUAAACCUUCAUGACAAUUGCAUCA